GGUAACAUUGAUAUUCUUCUCAAAACCAAAACAUUCAUAACUCAUUCAUAAACGCACAUUGUGAUUCCCAAAUAUUCUACCAAAUUCUACUGUGUUUAAAUACCUAAAUACUAAAUACCUAAAUCAUUCAACAAGGUUUAUUGUACGAUUUUUUACAAUAAUGUCAACGUUUAUAAAACGUAAUGUGAAGAAUAAAUUCGCUAGGAAGCGCAAGCAAUCUUCUGAGUCGGACGAAGAUGAGCCAGAAUCGGCCGUUGUCAUUAAUCAGGAUAAAAGAAAGAAGGCCAAUCCAAAUGUACAGAGUACAUCAUCGAUAAAGCACCAGCGCAAAGCCGCCGAUCAUGCUUCCAACAGUGAUUCCGGCAGCGAGGAAGACGACCGGUCAGCAGUCGGCGUCAGCUACAAAUCAAAACGAAGUGCUGCACCUGCUGGACCCAAUGACCAGGGAGCGACCGCAGAAUUGGAGAUUGAAACCGAAAAGAGCCACGAUGCCCAAGCGAUCUACGAGAAAAGUAUCGAGAUCAACAAGGAACUGGAAGGCAAAGAGGACGACAAAGUCUACCGUGGAAUGGCCAACUACACGCAGUUCUACAAGAAGAAGGAUAGUGCGUUGGGAAAUGCUGCUUCCGGAAUGGUACGCAAAGGCCCAAUCCGAGCACCCUCAAACAUUAGGUCCACGGUCCGAUGGGAUUACCAACCGGAUAUCUGUAAGGACUAUAAGGAAACGGGCUAUUGUGGCUUUGGAGACAGCUGUAAAUUUCUGCACGAUCGAAGUGACUAUAAACAUGGUUGGCAAUUGGAACAGGAGGCAUCCACGACCGGUGGCACAUAUGCGGGCGACGAUUCAGAUGGAGAUGACACUAAAUAUGAGAUUCAUUCCGAUGAUGAAGAGCUGCCUUUUAAGUGUUACAUCUGCAGGGAAAGUUUUGUGGACCCCAUUGUUACGAAGUGCAAACAUUACUUCUGUGAAAAGUGCGCUCUGGCCAACUAUAAGAAAUCUACCCGAUGUGCGAUUUGCGGUGUGCAGACGAAUGGCGUAUUCAAUCCGGCAAAGGACUUGAUAGCACGCUUGAAAACAAGAGAAAUCGAUGAAAAUGAUUCUGAUAGCGAUUAAUUGACGGUGAUCUUCUGAAAUAAAAUACAUAGUAAAAGUUUC